CCACGUGUCACCACUCACCACAGAGCCGCAUUGAGCCCAUCGUAACAUGAACAGUAGUCACUCUCUGUGGCUCUGCCGAUGCCCUGUUCAAGUCUCUGUUUCUCCGUCCAGCAUUUGCUCUUCUUUUUCUCUCUCAGCUUUUGCGUCUUGCAUUGGCUUGUUGCGUGAAAUCAGCGCGAGAAAGAAAUUAUCUUUCGGAUUCUCUCUGCCUGCAUUACCUGGAGAAAGAAAAUCGCACUAUCUCGAACUUUCUCAUCAACUGAGAAAGGAACUUCUCCAAGAAUGAUGAGAUGGGAAAGAGUGCAGGUACAACAAUACCAGGUGAUUAAUGGAGAUGCAUCAAGGCCCGGGAAGAGGUGGGGACACACCUGCAACGCCGUGAAAGGAGGGAGAUUUUUGUAUUUGUUCGGUGGUUACGGCAAAGACAACUGCCAGACCAACCAAGUUCACGUCUUUGAUACUGUUAAGCAGACAUGGAGUCAGCCAGUGAUAAAAGGCACACCGCCAACUCCGAGGGACAGCCACAGUUGUACGACUGUUGGUGACAAUUUAUAUGUGUUUGGUGGUACAGAUGGGAAGAACCCUCUUAAGGAUUUGCAUAUAUUGGACACAUCAACACACACAUGGAUUUGUCCAAGUCUAAGAGGUGAGGGGCCGGAAGCACGGGAGGGUCACAGUGCAGCACUUGUUGGAAAAAGGCUCUUCAUAAUCGGUGGCUGUGGAAAAUCUGCAGACACGAAUGUUGAAGUAUAUUACAAUGAUGUUCAUAUACUGAAUACAGAUACCUUUGUAUGGAAAUGUGCAACGACAUCAGGCACUCCUCCUUCUGCACGUGAUAGUCACACUUGCUCGUCGUGGAAGAACAAAAUCGUGGUGAUUGGAGGUGAAGAUGGACAUGAUUACUACUUGUCUGAUGUUCAUAUCCUAGAUGCAGAUACUCUUAUGUGGAAGGAGCUAAAUACAUCUGGUCAUAUGCUGCUACCUCGAGCUGGUCACUCUACUGUUUGUUUUGGCAAAAACUUAUUCAUUUUUGGGGGAUUUACAGAUGCUCAAAAUCUGUAUGAUGACUUGUAUAUGCUGGAUAUAGAUUCGGGUUUGUGGACCAAGGUCUUAACCACAGGUGACAGACCUUCAGCAAGAUUUUCUGUGGCUGGGGACUGUUUGGAUCCAGUGAAGGAUGGCGUCCUCGUGUUUAUAGGUGGUUGCAAUGAGAUUCUCGAGGCAUUGGAUGACAUGUAUUACUUGUAUACAGGGCUUAGAGAUGAGCGGAGGCCUGAAAAGUUAUCAUUGAGGAAACAAUUGAAACUAAAGUGCCAAGAACAAAAUCUUGCACCCAUGCAUGAUAACGCACUGACUAGAAUUGAGAAUAAUCCUGAUGUUCGUCAUCCCAUGGCCUUCAUGGGCUGCGGCCAACCAGGCAGGGAAAAUCUUCCAUUGAAUCAGGUGCAUCCUCUUCAAGGAAAGAAGACAUUUCAAGCCAGAGUUACUGAAAGCUUGCCACAUGGAUAUACUAUUGAAACAUAUAUAGAUGGAAAGCCCCUUCGUGGAAUAUUAUUUGCGAAUGGUCCUAGCUCUCCCAACUUGGCUAAUUUUAAUUCCUCUAGGAAAAGAGCUGGAGAAUUUGAUGGUGAUGUGUCAAAUGGUGAUCACUGUAAUAAAUCAAAAGCUUCUAGAACCCUCCAGCAGGACUCCUUGGGACACAAACAAGCAUAUAACCUGCCAGGGAAGGAUUCCUCAUUGCAGGAACCCAAGGCAGAAGCUUCUGCCGCUGCUCAAGAUUUGAAGAAUCUGGCUCCUUCUAAUAAUGUUUCUCGGCUUCCUGAGUGCAAGGAAAAAAAACUUGAUGUAGUCAUUUGGAUUUUCUGCAGUUCCGAACAAACCCAGAAUCAUCUGUUGCUUCUUCCCUGAAUCUAAAUGAUGCUAGGAAAAAUGCAACAGAUUCCACCUCUAAAGUUCUGAAAGAGCAUUCCGACUCAUUGCAGGAUUCCAUGGCUUCAUCCUUAGGUCAAGAUGACAGGACAGCAACCUUGGGAGAUCAGAACACUCCAGCAUAAUCAGUUUGAUCGUUGAACAAUUGACCUUUCUGAAUGCUCCUUCCACAUAUCUGAACAUAUAUGAGUAGAUAGCCCCUGCCACAAGUACAUUUAUCUUGAAGGCAGUCAUAGUCACAUAGAUGCAUUUGACUGGUGAACCAUACAGAAUCUGCUCGCUAACUGAGUGCUUCCGAUAAGACUGCGGUUAAAGCACAAGGAAAGAUGAUGUACAGGAAGUUGGUGAAUGUUAUGGGCAUCUUUCCUUCCUUGGAAACAAAAUACCAGAAUGUAGCUGCUUUGAACUAUUUACAGAUAUUGCUUGCAUUUCCUGUUCCCAGAGAACAGUUUGUAAAAUGCUGAAGGCUCAAAAAUUUAUGAAGUCUGCGAUAAGUUU